AUGAAAGAUAGAAAUUUAAUAAUUGCCGAGUCUAGCCAGUUCGAUGAAACCUUUGCGAAAAGUAAGUUUUUUGAUGUUGGACAAAACUAAUAAGUUCUAUUUAGUUGAGGAAGCUGAUACGGAGAUGAAUUAUCUGUUGAAUCUUGUUGAAAAAAGCGAUUCGAAUAGUGUUGGAUCAAUCUUAGGGUUGGCUUUGAUUUUUUGAGUUCAUAUCGAAAUUAAAAGACUGUUCAGGGGAAUUUACAACAGUGGCGAAUCUAAAAGCUUCUUUCGAGCCUUGCAACGUAGAUGCGAUGACUAUGACAAGGAAAUUCGCACGGUUGAUCAUUUAUUUUCAGUCAUUUUUUAAUUUACGGAUUUGCUGCAGUCUAAGAGAUCAUAAGAAACUCGAUACUUUUAUGAAAAAGCACUUUAUUAACGACUUUCUCAUAACUUUAGUUCUUCAGACGUCGGUUCAGCAUUUUGAUAACUUUUCUUCGUCUGUCCAGGAAGUAAUCGAGUUACAGAGCGAGUACCGAGAAAUAAGGGUAUUUUAUUAAGAUAUUGUUCACUUUUGGCAAUUAUUGUCAGGAUGUUUGUUCUCGCAUCGAUGUCGAUAUUAAAACUGAAAGUCUUCGGGUGUCUCGGAAAGUUGAAGAAAUCCUACGUUACAGGUUGUUUCCUUUCCAUCAUUCCCCCGUCAUUUACUCUUUUUCAGAAGAACAAUCAAGAAUGCUUUCACAGCAAUAGGAAAGAUGUCGGAGUGCAUUCCAGUAUUAGUCAAAUACGGACGACUGCUGGAUCUUCUCGAAAAUAGAAAGUUUCAUAGAAAAGGUUUUGAAUGUCAAAGAUUCGUUCAGGUACUAUCAAGCGCUGAGAGUUUUGGAAUCCUUGGAAAAUUCCUACUUGCCUUUGAUAGAGAGAUACCGUUUCUCCCAGGGUAUAUCGAGUUCUUUUCCCCUGAUGCGUCAGAAAAUCAAACUGGAGGUGGGUAUAACAUUUCCUAUCUCUAAGUUUCCCAGGAAAUUUAAAAUUGAGGGAAAACUUCAGGCUUAUUCGGAAUUCAAAGACUUUCUGGAGAGCGUAAAAAAAGUAGCAGGGAGGGUAGGAGUCUUGGCGAAUCAUCAAUGUGUUAGUUCUCCGUAGAAUCUUGGGAUAAUAUUUCUAAAUUGAGGCGACGGAGGAAAACAUGAUGAAGCAUUUGGGAGACAAUUUGAUGAGCAGAUUGAGAGAGUCCAUCAGGUGUUUGAGUCUGAAUGCUUGUCACGGUUUCCAUUCCUUCAGUGGUUCGGCCAUCAUCGAGUUUUCGAUAUCCAGUGACGGUAGAAUUAUAAAAAGGAGCUGCGCUACUCCAAAUCGCGUCGAAACAGAGGAAGUAGAAAGAAAUUGUUGAAAACAAAGAAGUGCAAUGUUUACAGAACGAGGCUUUUCUUUCAGCUCAGGAUUUGAUUGACUUCGCCCCUCUUUAUAGGUUUCGACAAGAUUAUCUCUUGGUUCGACUUUAAUCAGCUCAGGAGCUACCAAAUUUUCACUCUACUGGACACAAAAGCCGAGUUCGACAAGUACUACACUAUGCAACGAAUGGAACAAUGUCGUGUCCUAGUACAGGGUUUCAAUAAGGUUUUUUGCCCUAAAUAUUUGAAGUUCUUCGAAGUUUCUAGGUUGAUUCCUUCGGCAGCCAAAUCGGUUACGUGAACGAAGUUGUCGGCUUCUUCGUAAUCGAAGAUGCGGUCCUCACGACCAAUAUCGGAUUGGUAUGUCCAUUCCAUUGAACUCUGGGCAUUUUUUCUGAUUUUCCAGUCCUCCAACGAGUUCAAAGAUCAGUUGUGGGAAAUUGCGCUUUGUAGUAGUGAACGAAAUUUCCUCGCUGAGUUUGUGAGUUUCAUUCGGAUUUUCUUGAAAUUUGUCUCUGAUCCCCAGAUGAAAAGUGACGUGGAGACUAUGAUGAGAAUGAAGAAGUUGAUACAAUUAUUUGCCUUCACCAUGCAAUCUUACGGUUAUUCCGUUUCAGCACUUUACAAUUUGCUGCGAAAAUUCAGGUCGUCCAUUUGUUUCUUGCCUUCUUGAACUGUGUCCUUGCAGAGACGCCUAUGUGGGUUUGUUGUUGGCAGAUUGCUGCAAAAACUUCGAAGUUGAACUGGGAAGAGACAAUUUCGCGCCUUUGCUCGUUUAUGAAGAGGAAUACGAGAGCAUUGUUGCUGAGAUGCCCAUCUUCAAAAAAGAGAGAAAUGAGGUGUCAAUAAUAGUCCGUUCAAUAUAAAACUCAGAUAACUUUUGUGAAAAAAGGCGAGACCCAUGAAAGAGUUUCCUCCAGAGCUGCGCUCUGGGUCUGCCGGAAUGGCCAUAGUGUUGCAACGCGGUAGAAAAUUUGCCGCUUUUCGAACCUUUGUGUCUCGAAGUUUUCACAGAGUGUGUAAAUGGGGAAGUGAGUGAUCGAAAGUGUGUUAUUAGAAAAAUCAUGCGGUGUGAGUUAUGAAAUGAAAUAAAAAAGUUCGCGAUUGCGGCGAUUGUGUGUCGAUUCGGCCAUCACCCUCACCCCGUGCACAGCUCUGAUUCCAUCCACGAAGAUUCUUCUUUAUAGAACUCUAUUUUGCCUUCAGAAUGCUUUCCCCAAAACGUUGCCUUUUUCUCGGUUUGUCGUGACUGUUUAUUCGAACGCCAAACACUAUAUCAUAGCAAGUCUGCAAUUUAUGGAGGAUUUGCGAUUGACUUCGCUGGAAACAGAAAGCGUCGCUGCUCGGUUUGAAGACUCGAUUUUUGUCUUUCAAUUCAGAAUCUUUCCAGUUGUGCCAACGAUCUCGUAUCGAAGUGGGUGGAAAUGUUGGAAAUCUUUUUGAAGCACUGUGUCACCCUUCCCCAGGUAAUAUUUGACACCGUCAAGGAUAAUUUCGCGUGUCUUUGAGUUGACCCAAACUGCAACUAACGUUCGAUACCUCGAAGACUGCUGUGAACAUCUGGGGGAAUUCAUCACGAAAGCGUUGAUCAGAGAAAACUCUCCAGAACAUCAUGUCGUACUCUCACAGAAGGCUUUCCGUGGUCUCGUAGUAGACGUUUGGAACUAGUUGUGUCAGAUUCUUUAGAAAACGGGUUCAGAUAGAGCAAAGGAUCGAAGAGUUCAUGUGCCAUAAGGUGGACGAGUUCAUGGAGCUCGCCGACUACCGCUGGGACCUGUCCGAAUCUUCGGGCCGAGCUUCCGUCUUCAUCUCUGACCUGAUAAACUUCCUGCACGCGUCUCUCAUCUCCUUCAGAGAUAUGUCCGAGCAGUUCAUCAAGCACAUUUGCAUGCAGGUAUAUCUAUUUUGUGGAAAUUACGUAAAUAUCUUUUGAAAUCGCAGCAUGGCGCCAAUAAUUUACUCGAUUAUCUCAGAGAAUGGGUUUCUAGUAAGCGCUAGAUGCGAAUUCAGCAUUCACAAACCUCAAAAAAAGUGAGAAAAUGCUUUUUUUAUAUCAUUAUCUAAAAUUUCUGCGAAAGUUUAUGUUUUUACUGGGAAUAUAGGAAGAGAGUGUAAUCUCUAAUGUUAGAAAUUUUUCUGCGCUACCCAAUAACAAAAAAAGUGCAAGGUGUACCAAACAAAUAUCAGUCAAAAACAUGAGAAAGUGAGCGAGAUACUAGAAAAAGUUUUGAGAUUUGGGAAAGUUGUUUCUAAAAUAAUAUUCUUACGAAUGAAGAACAUUUAGGGAUAUUAUUUUCGAAUCAUUGAUUGAGUUCAUUUCGAUAUUUCCGUCGUAUUCGAAAGUUUUGUCAUGGAAAAGUAUUAAUGCCAUGUUUUCUACUGAAGUCAACUCCUGACAGACUUGCAAGCACCUGUCGACACGGCUGUCCGAGCUUCUGCUCUCUUCCGAGACGAAGUUCUUGUCCCGGGGCGCUCUAGAACAGUUCAACCUCGACGUGAUGCAGUGCGAGACUUUCGCAGCCCGAUGUCCUGUCUCCGAUUUCGACCACGAGACUUUGGCGGUCGCCUUCGCACAUCUCAGGUGUGUUCUGAGUUAGACCGAGAGCGUCAAAAAACGGACGAGCUCCAUAUUUUUCGAUUCUUUGAAAACUAAUCAGAAAUAAUUCUAGAAAAAUGCACGAUACACACUUUUUCAUUUUUUUGAGAACUUACGUCUAGAAUAUCCCUUUUUUAAACUCUACACUCAAAAAAAGAACUAGACUUCGAAAUAAAAUCUGCGAUUUCAAUAGUCUUCAUCUAGUAUCUCGAAAGUUUCCAUAACGAAUAUUCAGAGAGUUUCGGAGUUGUAAUUUUUUUUCUUUUGUGAAAACAGUGUAAGUUUACUUUUUUGACCCGAAUUGCGGGUCCUUGAAAUGCGUGCUGUUCUUGAGUUUCGUAUAAAGUUUUUCCAGAAAUGAUUUCGAUAAUUUCUAAAAAAUUCAGCAAUUUUUUUCCAGACAACUAUUAGACCUUGUCAUUUGCGCUGACUGGACCACCUACCUGGCCGAAUAUGGUCGCCAAACGGUCAAAUACAACAGAGUGAACCCUAAAGCAGGGCAUAUUGUACUCGAAAAGUUGGUUCUUCAGUUACUUGAAUAUUAUUUAUUGGAAAAGGGAGACGGAGAGAUGGCAAUUGAAUGAGAGUAAAAUGGGUAGAUUACCAUGGUUUUGAAUUUUUUUUUCAGUUAAACCCUAUUCAAUUCAUCGAUUUUUCUUCAAAGGUCAACGUAUCAGACGUUUUCAAAAUGCAAGAAAAAUUUUCUAUUUUUCUACUUUUUUAUUUUUGAAAAACUGUUUGAAUUAAACCCAAACCCCUCAAAUUUGCACUCUUAGUAUUUGGCAAGAGUUUCACCCAAAAAGAAAGGAUUUUUUACAGGGAUAAUUUUUCCCUAGGUUGUCUAAAAAUCUAUGCACUUCCCUUUGAAAGAUGAGAAAAACCACUUUCUUUCACCAUUGAACUGCUUCGUUUCUUUCUUUUCGCGUCAUCAAGUCCCUCAGGAUGAUGGAGUUCGAGCGGCGAAGCCAGGUUUUCUUCAUCCGAAACCGCAGCGACACCCGCAAGCUCUUCGACACGAUCCUUCAACAGCUCCAAUCGCUUUCCUGUUAAAAUAGUUUGGUAAUUACAAGUCGAUUUAAUUGCACGAUGUUCUUUUUCAUGUGAAUAGCAUAAAGUAUUGCCGUACCGCUUCCUUUUCCGACGUUUUCGUUCAAAAAUCAAAAAAAGAAAAAAAGAAAAUGCGCCUUUGGAUUAAAAAUAUAAGAACGCCAUCAACACCGGAAGGCCUCAAAUUCCCUGAUUAUUUUUUCGAGCAUUUGUAAAAGACAGAAAUAGACGAAGUUUUAUUUUCAAAAAAAAAACUAUGACAACUUUCUCUAAAUCUCAAUUUACGGAUCGUCAGCCUUGGGAAAAUCUGCUAUGAGGGGAAUAAUUAAUAGUAAACGAUUAAUUAGAAGAAUUGUUCAUCUGAAAAACAAGAUGGGCAGAAAUCAUUUGUGAAGACGUGUUUCCGUCGUCUAUUUUUCGUUUUCUGCUCUCCGUUUCACUUUGGUGUCCGUUUCUCAUUUGAGUGACCGUUCUGUUUUUCAAUAUUUUGGAUCGGUAAACGUUUAACUCUUCUGAAGCAUUUUAAAUAGGUUAGAAUUUUUUUCUUCUUUUUUUUUUAGCUAGAGGACCAUUCUUUUCCGUUUUUCUUUCCAUUUUCCAAUGGAGAAGUGUUUUUCGAGCGUGGAUUAGCUUCGUGUUUUCAGGUCAUCUCGUCACUAUUCCAAAUCCUCCCCUUAAUAUCCAUUUUAGUUUAAUCAGUUUUCUUUUUUUCCUGUCCUGCUAGUCUGAUUAUUUUUUUGGUUUCUCUUUUCUCUGUUGUUCCGAAUAAGUUUUAACUACAAAACAUUAACGUCUUAUUCAAUAUUCAGCUCAAUAUGAGUGUAUGUUCCCACGCUGAAGGAGCCCUCAUUCAGAGUUAUGAAAAAAAAAAAUCGCGUGCCUCAUUUGCAGAAAAAAUUCAUUGAGAUUUUGAGUGAUUUUUGCUCCGUCGCCACAGAUGCCCGACUUCUUCCUCAAUGUCCCCAAUGGCGAAACAUCGCAUAAUAACAGAGAACGGAGGUUUUUGUGUUUUCAAACGAGUAAGAAUCGAAGUUUGGUUUCAGGAGCAGCGAUGGAUGUCUCAGCGCCGGCGAGUUUCUUUCAAACCGGAUGAGAGUCAAAAAUCGUGGCCCUUCACAUGAACAACAGACGCGGCCCAAGCAGCUUGGGAUCGUGCCCACUCUGCUUGAUUUCCACUUGCUCGAAGUCCUCAAGAAAAACUACGAGAUUGGUAGGUUACUUUCGGAAACAUUUUUGUAAGAAAUUGAGAAAAAUUUACAAUUUCGAAGUUGAAAUUGAAAAAGAAAAUUGAAUUUGAAUGAUUAAUUGAAGAAAUUAGAGAGGUUGAAAUGCAAUAAACCGACGGAAUAUCUUUUUUUGAUCUCUGAAUCGAUCUUUUCUGUUUGACUUCUUGCUGUGUACUGCCAGCUCCGAAUUUGCCAUUGGAUUCAAUUAUUUCGUUUUAUUUCAUGCUGACGCUUUCUAACUCAAGUUUCUUUCUUUUUUUCAGUAUCCUCAUGCCCCCGCUGUUCUAUAUCUAUGACAAAUUUCUCACCUGAAUUCACAAAAUGACGCAUUUUUCAACGCUUCUCACAGUUGGAACGAGGUCACAGCAUUUGGGGACAAACAUGGCUGAUCAGCGGAGGGAACAAUGGCAACGAGGGUCACUCUGUAGAAGGUCGUGAAGUCUUUUCGGCUGCACAGGCCUUCAGAACACGCGACUCUCACUUUCCGAUUGCCCUCGCAGGAAAUUUUUUUGAAAUUUCCACGAGAUGGCAGAUCUUAUCGCCUACAAUUCUCAGCCCUUUCAACUACCUCUUUGUUCUUUCUCUCAGCUUUUUUGUAAGAAUGCAUCUUUUCCAGUUCGAAAUCGUUCUACUUCUCACUCGGUUUUCUUCGAUUUCUCCUCCGCAUCUACGGCGUCACCUCCAUAGGAAUCCUAAUAUUGAAGCCAUUCAUUUCCACGUUUCAUGAUUAAUCUUACCGCUUAUUGGAUUUUCAAUAGACUUCCUUGUUGAGUUUGACGAUUAACGUGGCGAAAUUUUUUAUCAAACUGUUGAAUAGGAAAAACAAUUACACGAAGGUUUUCAAAACUGUGGGAGAGACUGUUCUCCUGUAGAAGCUUCAAGAAGAGUUUUUUGUUUUGACGUAGACAAAGUGCCCAGAGUGGCCACUUGCGCCAGUUUGAAAUGUUGACAUCACGGCUUUCGCAAUGGAAUAAAUGGCAAAUAACAACAAAAAUCAGUGGUUCGAUUUUUGCAGAAGAUUUUUCAUUUAUUCUCGUUGCUGACUGUGUAAGAUGAACUACGGAUCCUCAUUCCAGGGUUUACGAGGUUUUUUUUUCCUCAACUUUUUUUUCUCUUUUUUUUGACGAAUAAAAUAGUUUUAACAGGUUUUCAGUCUUAUUUUUGAGUUUGAGAAAAUUUUUGCUGUUCUGUUGCCUAGGUGAAGGUAAGGAACAAAGAUGUUUUCACUUCACGCCUGAUAAGACUUUUAGUUAUGCUUGACAGAUCUUUAAUUUUAAAUGCCAAAAAGCUUACUCACUUUUUCAAUGUUGAGACGCACGGCUAGUGCUUCGCUAUUCUCUGGUUACAUGGAGGGUAUUGAAGAAGAAUUUGGUAUGUUUCUGAGUUUUGAAAUUUUAAACGGUGAAAAAAAUAAUUUUGACUAGUUUUUUUUCUUCAAAUUCGAAUUUUCUUCUCUGGCUGUGUGAGUCAUUUAGCACUCAGGAAAAUGAAAUAUUCUCUGCAAAAAAAGAAAGUUUUUUUCUUGUUGCCAAGGAGCUUCGAAAUCUUGGACACCAUCUGAUUUAUAUCCCUUUUCUGCUCUUUUUCUGAAACUUCAGUUUUUUCUUGAGAGGCUCAUUCUCUUUUCCAUAUUUUCUUUCAGACAAAAAAACUUGACCAAUUAGCAUUUGAAAGUGAAGGGAACAGUUUCUGUUUUGGAAACAUCGAGUCGUUCUUAAAAGUGGGAAUUUUUUUUUUGUCGAGAAUACAUUCUUUUGCAUGCGUUUCUAUAACGGUUUCAGAUGUUUAUUAGUUGAACGACGUUUUUUCAUUCGAUUUUUUUUCUUCUGAUUGACGCCGUCAUAUGGUGCAGACGUUUCUAUUCGCUUUUAUCUCUUAUCUCUAAGAUUUUUCCCAUUUCUUGCGUUUUUAGACUGGAUUUAGCGAAUUUCCGAUAGCAAUGAAGUGCGUAGAUGUUUAUAUUUGAACAUAUUCCGGAAAAUCAGGACUUUUCUUUUUCUCCUGGAAGUUCGCAUUUGGAACCCUUCCAACAAAUUUCUUCGAAAACCGGUCCUCAACUUAUAUAUUUUCAAAUUCGAAUUUUACGAUCCUCUCUCAACGAGUCUAACACCUCUUCAACAGAUAACAAUAGUUUUUUUUCCAUUUGAGAGAUAGAGAGCUGAUGAAGGCUCUCCGUUUUUGUUGAAAUGCCCAUAUCACCUCAAAUAGUCACGGCAUGAUAUCCCAAACGUAGGAAUGUCCAAAAAUGAACUGGCGAUCUGCCGAUUACGCAAUCAGGAACUCGCUUUUGUCGUUUCCUCGGUUCGAAUGUUUUGUUGGAACAAUCUGUUUUUGUCAGACGAUCCGUAGAAUUCAUCGUCAGCUUUAUCUUUCUCUUUCUCUUUUUUUUUUCAACAAAAUUUUUCUCAUCUGCAAUCUGAAAAGUUUAGCGGAAGGGAUGGUUUUGAGUAAUUCAUGGUAAGUCAUAGCUGCUCAGACUUUCAUUCUUCUAAUCUUGAAUUAUCAAUUAAUUAUCGUUUUUUGAGCUGUCGGACCUUAUUUUUGUUCACCUUUUCUACUUAUCUCCAUUUCUAGAGAUUCACAUUCCUCGAAAGCUUUGCAGAAUUUUAAAUGUGUUUUUCUUACAUAGCCUUAAGCCUAGCAAAAAAGGAUAAUUAUUUUCACAUAGUUAAUUUCUGGUAAUUUCAAUUCAAAGCUUAAUAUUUUGCAGUCUUGGCUUUGGCUGACAUCGAACGAGGGGAAGAAAGUCCGGAGGCACGUCAUAAACUGUGAGUUUCUUCUUUAGCGGCUCGUUUAUUUUCACGCAUGAAUGAAACGGCCAUUUUAAUAAUGCAAAGAUUGACCUUUCGCACUGAGGAAAGCCAUGAGGGUCUUGGACUUUUUGUUGGUUUCUGUGGAAAGUGAGGAACCGCGUGAUUUUUAUAUUUAAAAAAACGAUGAAAUAUCAAUUAAAGGUAAGUGCAACGCUAGUACAAAAAAAGUUGACGAGAGAUUGCUUUUAUGAAAAAGCUCAAAAAAAUAGUUCAAUAAAGGAAAAAAAGUGCACUGCAACUCCUCGAUGGCAAUACAUUUUUCAAAUUUUUCAAAACUAGAAAAAAAUAGAAAAAGCAGCUCAGGCGACGAAAAAAAUCGAAUUUUUUUAUAUUCAUUCAAAAAUCAGAUCUGAUAUGGUCAUUCGUUUGCACUUUUUGUUUUUCUCUUUUUCUACGUGUCCAGAAAAGUGCGAUUAAUACGGUGACAGUUGAAAUGAUAACAGGAAAAACAUUUUUCUUUUCACGUCAGCUACAGCUGUUCCCCUUUUUUUUUUUUCGAAUGAAGCGGUAUCUGUGAGAAAGGGAGGAGUAGGGAUUUUUACAACCAUUUAACAGUCUGAAGCAACGAUAAAAACUAUGAGAACAAAAGCCAAGUUUCCUCAUUUGGCUAGUCCCGAAAUACUGACAAAGCUUCUUGAAGUGACUUGAAUUUUUUUCCGACAAUUGAAAGUCUCACAUUUUUUUUUGCUCCUAAAAAGUCCAAAUUUUGGCCUCCAACCCUAUUUGAACCGAGAAAGUUGAAUCAGUCCAUGAUUUAAAAAGUGAGUACAUUCCCUUGUGCAACUGUCCUUCAAGUCAUUCAAUUUUUUUUUCUCACAAAUGCCUUUUUUGAUAGUCUGGGAAUUUUUCUGGGACGUUUGAAUUCAAAAAUAGUCUCUGAAAGUGUGUACGUUAGGGAUCUAUGUGUUGGAAAAAAGAAAAAAAAUUCAUUUUCCUCUGAAUAAUUUCAAGUGAUCAGUCUUCUUCCGGGUCGCGAUGACUCAUAAAUACUUCAAACUGCUUGAAAAAGCUCACUAAUUUUCGACAUUGCGUUUUUCAUCAAUCUUUAUUUCUGAGAAGCUCGAAAGUAGAUCUGUUGGAAUUGAGAGAGAGUUGAAGUCUAUCCGACGUUUCAGGAUGCGAGGCCACACGCCGCGGGUAGGCAGUCCGCGGCCGCUCGUCGUUCAGCAGCCUACGCCAAAGUGGCGCAACGACGAGAGCACCUCCGUCUCUUCUAACGAAGAUAUCACCGGUUCGCUUUGAAAAAAAAAGUUUGAAUAGGCCUGCACAUUGUGUCUUCAAUGUAAUAGUACAACGGCAAUCAAAAUCUUGAGAAUUUUUUCCUUUCUCUUUUUUUUCCAGUUGGAAAAAGCCAUAAUACAAUUCUCUGAUGUUACCUUGACCUAUUCAGACCAGCAUGAACCAGUGGUCAGAGCGAAAUGGAAGCGGCUGAAAACGGAGGCCAAGUUCUUCGUCGACGACAUCGUUGACGCCUUCGAAUCCACGCCUAACACCGAGCAACAAUUCUUCUUCCAGGUUGAAAUGAUUUCAAAUUUAUUUUCAACCCUGGAGAUUUCCAGAACCGUGGCAAGUUGUCGGCCGUGCAGCUAAAGAAAGAUCUCAAGCGAUUUUGUGAGCCUCUCUUUGAGCAUUCCGGUUGAAAAAGUUUCUGAUUGCAGGCACAGCCCUCCAUCCUUUCAUUGAAGUUCUGGCGGCUCUGUAUGACUUGAUCAUGUGGAAGAACCCCAUCUCGACGCUUCUUCUGACUUUGGUCUUUUUCAUGUUCAUUAUGAAAAUAGGAUCUGAGAACAGUUUAUAAGUGAAAAUGUGUAUACUUAUUGGCGAAAACCGUGCCGAAUGAUUUCUUGCGCUCUCAAUCUCAAUCAAUCAGCGAUUUUUUUCUUUCGUCACUUAUGUAAUCGACUGACCAGUGAGCAAUGAAAAAGAACUUCAAAAGCCAUAUCGAACAACGGGCGAGGUGCAGUAGUUGAUCAAAUGAAAAGCAUGGUCUCAUGGUCCCUCACCUCGUUCUUCUGCGCGAAUUUCAUUCAGUUGCGUGUUGACGAGCUCAGGAUGAAGCGGAAGUUGUAGCUGGAGCCAAAAGAGGGCGCUCUAGGCGGAAGCCUCGAAAUGAGAGCAACCACAGAAGAGUGAAAACUAUACACAGAACUCGUAGAAGAAAUUCGGUUUUUGAUUCAAUAAUUCAAGGUAUACGCCUACUCGGUGUUCCGAGGUUGGACAGUCAUCUUGGUACUGCUUCUCACGCUGUUGCAGCUCUCGCUCAAUUAUCUUAGCGCUCGGAAGUUUUUUUCUCUCUGAUAAGCCUGUAAAAUGAACUCUCGUUCAGAAACAUCGAGAUCGGCCUGAUGUUUCUGCCUCGCAAGGAAGUUCCGCUACCAGGAUUCGAUAUUUCUGGUGCGCAGCUAAUCUUCGAAGUCGCCAAAAUGGUUCAAAACUUGGUUGGAUUUGCAGCUGACGUUCUCGAGAAACUCCACAGGUUUCAGAUUAGAACCAAAUCAAGUAAUAUAGUUUUUCCAGCCUUUUUACCUGGAAAGACGAGGGUGUGACGAAGCAUUUUCUGUUUCUGAUCAUCUACUGGCUGUUCCUUUCCAUCUUCUUCGACACUGGCACCUGCCUCGGAAUGUGUGGUCAGUUGAUCUGACCAUUCUUCAAAAAAGGUCCUUCCAGCUCUGACACUUGGGGUGCGCAUUUUCCUGACUACCUAUCUGUUCAGCCGUUUCCCCAAGCUACGGUACCGACUCGACACCUGGGGCUACUUCUACCGCAACCUCCCCUUGAAGUAGAGAAAGAGAGAAUGAAUUUCAGUUUAGGAAAAUUUUCAGAUCGCCUAAUAGUUCGGUUCGUCCUCACUAUCAACAGAGAGCAGACAGUGAAGAGCGCAGUGUUAGUCUCAAGUCUCUGAAAAGAAGAGUGAAUUUUUCCAGCAGACGCCCUGUUCGACAGGAAGACGUUCGACAGUGGCCGGAGAGACCUUCGAGUCGCGACUCGGCAGCAACUUCAACCUCGACCAAGGCUCCGCCGCCAACCUGCUUCUGGGCCAUAACAAGGUAGAUUGCCCUUGCUCAGAAUGUUACUUUGAUAAUUCUGAAGGUGGCGACGACGCACUCGGUUCCGACGACGGAACUCGCCCAAGAGGCCGCUUCAGUGUUCCUCGACGCGCGAUCACGACAAUCAUCGACAGAAGAGCCCAGCCGUUCGGAUUUCGGUCUGCCAGAAUCGGCGCGUUCGGAGUUCUCCCACGAAGAAGAGUUCCACGACGACUCCAGCAUCGACGACGACCCGAUCAUCGACAGCGUCAUUGCCUGUUCGUUUCCAAGAAUCAACUUUUCGCUUGAGAGGCUCAUUGAAGGAGCAGGCGGUUCUCUUGAAAUGGUCUUGGAAGCCAAUCAUUUAUAUCUACUUGUUUUGUGAAAAAGAAUGCUGUUGAUUAUGCAUUGAAGAUUUUCACAUAAGUUUAGUCCACUUGAAAUUUUUCGCAAAAGAAUUUUUUUUCUGUGAAAUUCUGUGAAAAAAAAGAUUUCGUCACACGUAAAUAAUCUCACGUCUUUUUAAAAAUAAAAAGGGUCAAAGGUACAAACUCAGUAAGUAAAAAGCUUUUUCGGAAAGAAAACAUGAACAUUUUCGGAUAAAACUAGAACUCCUCAGGUUAUUAAGUUUCACCCCCAGAAAAAAACUUUUUCUGAAUUUUUUUGGAAACUUGCCGCGUUUCAAUAAUUUUUAUUUUUUUCAACUUAAUAGUUUAAAAUAAUCGAGGCUCGCUUUUUUCUCUGGAAAAUAACGAGAAAAAAAAUACUGCAUUGCUUAUUUCCCUUUGCGAAAAGAAUGUGACGUCUUUACCUCUUUUUUUUUCAAUUUUUCAACAUGAAUUCUAUUUUCAAAUAUUCAGUCCGAAGUUGCGUGAUGAACGAGCGUGAGAAAAUCUUCCCUAAAGGCAUAACUUCAGGUAUUCUUUACCUGACAGAUGCGUGAGUUUGAGAUUUCCCCAAGAAAUUUUCAACUCUCAUCAUUACAGAGCGCUUAUUUUCCGACCGAGAGGUCCUUCAGAGCAGAAAGAGCCGACAAUGAUGCUUUUUCACGACAUCACCACCAUCAAAAAGGUUUUUUUUUAUUCAGAAAGAGCUGAAUGGCAAACUUGAAACAGAGGAUAAUUCUUGCCUUGCAGUUUUGUAAUUCAGAUAAAAUGAGAGCUAUGAGAAAAAAGCUUAAUUUGAUAAAUCCUAUGCUGAAGUGUUAACAAAAAUCUAAAACAUCGAAAAUUUCUUUGCAGUCAACUUUUGAAGUAUAAAUUGCCUUCAGCAGGUUCUUUACGCUUUUUUGACGUUUGCGAGAGAAAAAGAAAGUUGCGAAACGCGGCGGGUGCUAGUGGGAGAGGGGAGAGUGGUGAGGGAUACAACGACACGCAAGUCGCGCGGAGUCGGGGGCGCCCUAGUGUGUAGUCGUAAGCGGCCGGUUGCUUCUUCGAGACCAUACUAUACAGAAUCAUUUCUGCAGUAUGUAUCUCGCAAUCCCCAUCAAAAUGGCACACACGCCAACUGCGAUGAAAGGGAGACGGGCGGGCCGCGAGCGUGAAGCGCCGUAUUCACGGUUGAUGACCGCGUCGGAACCCAUUUUUGGAGUCCAACUGUGGCCUGCUCUUCUGAGCAGUAUAUGAAUAACUAUUUUUAAUAAACAGAUUCUGUCCUUGAAAAAGUAGAACUUUCGAUUGUAGCAAAUCGCAUGAAGAGUUUUCCGGCGCUCUUUCUAUUGAGUUUAAUUGAAUAAAUAUACUUAACUGCAAGUUUUUUUAGUGAACAUUCGACACUACAAUAACCGGAAAAAAAUCCCAAAAAAAGUUUUUCCAGGCUGUUUGCGUUAAGCUGCAAAAUUUAUUCUCACAGGGAUUCCGAAAAUUCAAAUUUUUUUCACAAAAAGUUAUUUCAUCAUCAUUAUUGAAGUCGAAAAAAAUUUUUGAUUUGGAGACGCAGUCUGUGCGUUCGUUGUCGUUGAUCACGGGCACACGGAAAAGCCUGGAAGUGACGGUAGAUGGCCAUCGGAAACCUCUUCAGUUCGUCGGCCUCGCCAAACGCGAUGACUUCGUGACUCGGGUUCAGCUCAUGUGCCGAAACGCCGGAGCUACUCCAAUCUUCUCAGAAACAAACUGA